AGUAGGUAGGUAGAAAGACCGCGUCUCCUUCCCAUCUCACAAUCGCCCACUUCUUGUCUUCUACUUGACUCUGUUUCUAUAUAUAUACAUAAAAAAAACUUUAUUUCUAUCGAUUUCUCUCUUCUAAAUUGUACCAACUGACUCAAUAUUCCUUUCCAAGACUCCCGUGGGCCGUUUAAAAUCGUGACGAGUGUUCGAACAGUGUCUGUUUGUAUUGUGAGUCUAUACUUCCAGUUCGGAUUUCUUUUUCUGGAUUAUUUACGUUUUCAUUCCUGCUAAAGUUAAAGAUCAUCAUCAUCGUCGGAAGGAAGGACCCUCCAAAAGACAGCUACAGAGAGCGAGAGAGAUGGCGGAAGGCAAGAAGCUGAAGAGCAAACGCAAAUCUGCGUCAAGUUACGGCACUCUCCCUGAUUUGCAGACGCCCGUCGAUGUGGAUGACGAGAAGAGCCUCCUGGGUUACUCAUCCUCAGCGAGGACGGACGAAUUCUCUGAGAGCGAGAAAAGCGGAAACGGCUAUCAGAGCGGUGGCAACAGGAGCUACACCAGCUUCACCAGCCACACUAGCCAGACGAGCUACACCGCCAGCCAAUACGCUAGUAAACGCAGCAGUAUGUGGAGCGGCAAAAGCAGCACUACAGGAAAAUACGAAUUAUGGAUGCCAAGAAGCAGAACUGACAGCUGUGGCAGCACGGGCAGCGGCAGCAGUGACGAGCUCUUCAGCAGGUCGAGCAGUUCCUCGAAAUCGACGCACUGUCAUGACAUCAUCACAGAGACUCCAGGAGAUCGCCAGGCUAUGUUCAAACUCACGAUGGCCUCUGUCCUCUCGCUCGUCUUCAUGGCCCUGGAAUACGUCGGAGGCUACUACUCUUCCAGUCUGGCCGUUCUUUCGGAUGCUGGCCACCUCCUGAGCGACUUCUGCGGAUUCCUGGUGUCCUUAGUCGCUCUCUCUCUCAUGAGACGCCCUCCAUCCAAAGCCAUGAGUUUCGGGUACUAUCGCGCUGAAGUUCUCGGUUCGGUCGCCUCGGUGCUGAUCGUGUGGGUGGUCACUGGACUGUUGGUGGGCGCAGCCGUCCAGCGACUGAUGAACCCAGACUACACUCUAAAUGCGGACAUCAUGCUCGCUAUGGCCAGCGUCGGUAUUGGGAUCAAUAUCGUCAUCGCAGCUAUCCUCCACGGGUGUGGGUGUACUGGAUUCUACCACGGUGUCCACAAGAGCACGGGCAAGAACAUCAACGUGAAGGCGGCCCUCAUCCACAUCAUAGCAGACACCUUGCAGACGGUGGCUGUUCUCAUAGCUGCUCUGGUCGUCAAGUUCAAGCCCGAAUUGAAAAUAGCCGACCCAAUACUCACGUUCGUCUUCGCCCUCAUCGUGAUCGUAACCACUCUGCCCAUCCUACGUGACCUGGCGCACAUCCUGAUGGAGGGAACCCCGAGGAAUGUGGAUUACCUGGCUCUCCUGAACGACCUCGAGGGACUCCCGGGCGUCAGGGCGGUUCACAACCUCCACAUCUGGUCUCUGACUCUCGACAAAAAUGCGCUCUCGGCUCACCUGGUCGUAGACCAGAGCUUCGAAUCGGACACCGUGCUGGAGGAGGCGCAGAAGUUGAUCCGGAAGGAGUACCACGUCUGCAAAUCUACGAUCCAGGUGGAGCGGUAUCUCAAAGAGAUGGAUACCUGUACCAAGUGUCAGCCUAUUCAGUGACAGACGUCGAGACUAAUGACGACCAUAUUGGAGAGCUUCAAGAAUGAACAUUUCUCGAAAUCAAUUACAUAUUGGAGGAAAACCAACUUCUGUCUAGAGACCACAAUUUCUCUUUUCAGUUUUAUUCAUAUUUUCUUGAAAUGCUUCGACCAAUUUCAAAUCCUUCUUUUAACUUAAUUAAGCCUCUGGUUAUGUAUUGCUGGACUAUAUAAGG